UUCUCUCCGCAGCCGGAAACCACGAGGACAGAGGCCGAGCAGCCGCGAGCGCCAUAAGAGAGGAGACGCUGAACGCCCAGGUGGAAUUUUUAUACUGCGAUCUGGCCUCCAUGAGGUCCAUCCGGCAGUUCGUGCAGAACUUCCAGAAAAAGAGGGUCCCCCUGCACGUCCUCGUCAACAACGCUGGAGUCAUGAUGGUGCCUCAGCGGCAGACCGAGGACGGAUUCGAGGAACACUUUGGCCUCAACUACCUGGGCCACUUCCUGCUCACCAACCUGCUCCUGGGCAGCCUGAAGGAGGCUGGGUCCCCGGGCCGCUGCUCCCGAGUGGUCACCGUCUCCUCCGCGACUCACUACGUCGCCGAGCUAAACAUGCAGGACCUUCAGGGCAGCAGCUCCUACUCGCCCCACGGCGCCUACGCCCAAAGCAAACUGGCCCUGGUCAUGUUCUCCUACCACCUGCAGAGGCUGCUGGACGCCCAGGGCUGCCACGUGACGGCCAACGUGGUGGACCCCGGGGUGGUGGACACGGACCUCUACAAGCACGUGUUCUGGGGCACGCGCCUGGUGCAGAAGGCUCUGGGCUGGCUUCUCUUCAAGACCCCCGACGAAGGAUCCUGGACUUCCGUCCACGCAGCGGUCAGCCCGGAACUGGAAGGCGUGGGUGGCCGCUACCUGUACAACGAGAAGGAGACCAAGUCCCUCGAGGUCUCUUACGACCAGAGGCUGCAGCGCCAGCUGUGGGCCCAGAGCUGCCAGAUGACGGGAAUCAGUGACGUGACGUCUGAGGCCGUUUCGGGACGACUGAUAACCUGAUUUUGCCAGCGCGACGGGUGGGGGAGUCCGAGAAUCAGAAUGCGUGUAAUUCUGACUCACCCGCCCACCCCGCCAGCAGCCUUCGGGCCUCCGGUGUUGAGCGCACCGGCUCCGUCCUUGCAGGAACUCAGUAUCCAGCGUACGGCUGGAAGUGUUGGUUCCCAAAGUCCAAACUGUCACACGAGUACCACAAAAAUUAAAUCUCUCCAAGUCAGUGUGCGGUGGUCCUUGCGUGGGUGAGGAGAGACAGGAGAUCGAGGAUGAGGUGAGGCCGGGCCUUUCAGGGAGGCGCCGGCCCGUCUGGGAACGGGUGGCUGUCCUAGGUCCUCGGGUCUCACGUUGCCGAGGCUCUGACUCGAGUUUCCAGAGUGACGUCUGUGCCGUCUGGGUCCCGGGCACGCAGCGAGAGUCCCCACCCAUCGG